CCAAGACGGAAAAGCAGUCUGCAUCCACCGCUCCUGCCGCCUCGGGCUUCAAGCCCUGCAGCCCAAAAGGCAAGAUCUAAUGUUACACCACUGCUCAAGUAGGCGGAUCGCUGCAGCUGUUCCAAGGCCAAAGUGAGAUCUUACUGCGCACGCGCGUUAGACAGCGAUGGAGUCACCAAUGGAGCCGUCCGGAGUGGAGCAAGAACCUGGAGCCGUCAGGCUGCUGGACCUGCCGUGGGAAGACGUGCUGCUCCCGCACGUCCUGAGCCGGGUGCCCCUGCGCCAGCUGCUCCGGCUGCAGCGCGUCAGCCGGGCCUUCCGGGCGCUCGUGCAGCUGCACCUGGCCGGGCUGCGCCGCUUCGACGCAGCGCAGUCGCUCGCGCACUGCGACUGGGUGGACGGGCUGGCGCUGCGCGGCCUCGCGGACCGCUGCCCGGCCUUGGAGGAGCUGGACCUCACCGCCUGCCGCCAGCUCAAGGACGAGGCCAUCGUGUACCUGGCGCGGCGGCGCGGCGCCGGCCUCCGCAGCCUCUCGCUGGCGGUCAACGCCAACGUGGGCGACACCUCGGUCCAGGAGCUGGCCCAGAACUGCCCUCGCCUGGAGCACCUCGACCUCACCGGCUGCCUCCGCGUCGGAAGCGACGGCAUCAGGACGCUGGCCGAGUAUUGCCCCGCGCUGCGCUCGCUGCGGGUGCGGCACUGCCACCACGUGGCCGAGCCCAGCCUGAGCCGCUUGCGGAAACGGGGAGUGGACAUCGACGUGGAGCCGCCGCUGCACCAGGCCCUGGUGCUCCUGCAGGACAUGGCAGGCUUCGCGCCCUUUGUCAACCUGCAGGUCUGACUUCCUGUCGGGAGCCAGCUGAACUGUGGGGUGGGACCCGGCGCAGAACUGCAGGGAAAUUGGACCGUAGGGGUCUCUGCUGCAAGGCCCGUGCCC